AUGGCUUCACCUGUUGCUUCUGCCGCCCUCAAGGCGCGCGUUCGCAAUCCCGCUAUGCUCAAGAAGCUUGCGCGACCUGAGGAUCUGAUGCACCACUUUCCCAAUGGCUCUUAUAUCGGCUGGUCUGGCUUUACAGCUGUUGGAUACCCCAAGAAGGUUCCCGCUGCUAUGGCCGACUACGUCGAGCAGAACAACCUCCAGAGCAAGAUGAAGUACUCCCUGUUCGUUGGUGCCUCGGCCGGUUCCGAGACUGAGAACCGAUGGGCUGCUCUCGACAUGAUCAACCGACGAAGCCCUCACCAGGUUGGCAAGGACAUCGCCAAGGGAAUCAACUCUGGACGAAUCAACUUUUUCGACAAGCAUUUGUCCAUGUUCCCCUCUGAUCUUGUCUAUGGCUUCUACACCAAGGAUCGAUCAAACAGCAACCUUGAUGUCACCGUCGUUGAAGCGACAGACAUUCUCGAGGAUGGCAGCUUUGUUCCCGGUGCCUCUGUUGGUGCUACUCCCGAGUUGAUCCAGAUGGCCGACAAGAUCAUCAUCGAGGUCAACACCGCCAUCCCCUCUUUCAAGGGUCUCCACGACAUUACCUUCACCGACGUCCCUCCCCACCGCACUCCCUACAACAUCACCGCUGUCGAGGACCGCAUUGGUUCCCCCUCAGUCAAGGUCGACCCCUCAAAGGUCGUCGCUAUCGUCGAGUCCGAUUACUGGGAUGCCACCGGCCCCAACGCCGAUGCCGACGAGUCGUCUCGCCAGAUCGCCGGCCACCUGAUUGAGUUCUUCGAGCACGAGGUUGCCCAGGGUCGCAUGCCCGCCAACCUUCUGCCUCUUCAGUCCGGUAUCGGCAACGUCGCCAACGCUAUUGUCGGCGGUCUCAACGAGUCCAAGUUCAAGAACCUCAAGGUCUGGACAGAGGUCAUCCAGGAUACUUUCCUCGAUCUUUUCGACUCUGGAAAGCUCGACUACGCUACUGCCACGUCCAUCCGCUUCUCCCCCGAUGGCUUCAAGCGCUUCUACGAUAACUGGGAUGCCUACGCCGACAAGAUCCUCCUCCGAAGCCAGGCUGUCUCCAACGCUCCCGAGAUCAUCAAGCGUCUUGGUGUCAUUGGCAUGAACACCCCCGUCGAGGUCGACAUUUUCGCCCACGCCAACUCCACCUGCGUUAGCGGAACACGCAUGCUCAACGGUCUCGGCGGCUCAGCCGAUUUCCUCCGCAACUCCAAGUACUCCAUCAUGCACACACCAUCCAGCCGACCCUCCAAGACCGAUCCUCACGGUGUGUCCUGCAUUGUCCCCAUGGUGACACACGUCGACCAGACUGAGCACGAUCUCGACGUUAUCGUCACCGAGCAAGGUCUCGCUGAUGUGCGCGGUUUGUCACCACGUGAGCGCGCCCGUGUCAUCAUCAACAAGUGCGCGCACCCCAAGUACCAGCCCAUCCUGAGCCACUACUUCGACAAGGCUGAGUCAGAGGGUCUGAAGAAGGGUAUGGGCCACGAGCCUCACCUUCUCUUCAACGCUUUCGACCUGCACAAGGCUCUGGCUGAGGAGGGUAGCAUGCUCAAGGUCAAGCCUUGGUAA